AUGCUGAAAGUUGCUCCGCGACACAGCUCUGCCUCACCAGUAGACGACAAGCGCGAACAAGAGGCCAGCGCUUCUGGCUGCUCAACUGCCUCAGGUUCACCGCAACAGAUGUGUGAGGCAGGAAAUCCACUUGGAUUAUCGGUGCCGCAACUAGGAUACCAUGACACCUUAGUAGACAGUUUUGCCUUCGCUGACGACUGGGUCGCAUGUGUAGAAAGUCAGACUCGUCUUAAAGCGAAGCUUGAAGCUGAGUUGGGAAGAGCUAGCAUGGAGAUAAUUGUAUGA